GGCGACGUUGGGCGCGUUUUCAAACAGUGUCGAUACGAUCGUAAUAAAUAUGAAUUUCGUUUACUUAUUGGUGUCUCUUACUUUCGGGACGGUGCUUUGUGUUCAGGAUUCAUACAAAGCUGCCUCGAUUAAGCCCGCUAAUGAAAACGUUGAUUUUAAGAGCUACUUACCUCUCAUACUGGAAGCUGGUAAAUCGGACGUGGAUAUUCUUGUUCUGCCAGCCCAGGAGAAAACCGAAUCUGCAGAUAAAUAUGAGGAGGCCGUCAAGAAUAUAUCGGAUGCUGCAAAAAAAGCUGGCUUAUAUAUCGCAGCUCACCUGUACGAGGGAGUUCAGUGCCAAAACAAAAAAGAAAUCGUCAGGAGUAACAUCGUCUUUGAUAGAGAAGGCAAAACUGUUUCCGUUUACAAAAAGCCAAUGAACAAUCUCACCAACUGCACCAGCGUGGAUUCGGAAGGGUCUCUCAAGACCGACUUCGGAGUUACGUUCGGGCUUUUAAUGGGAGAGGACUUGACGCUCUACAAGCCAGAAACCUUUGGGGGGCUAAAGAAUUUCCUGGUCCUCGGUGGCUUCGUUCCUCAAAUACCUAUUUUGGGCGGUCCUCAGCUGCUGCAGUCUUGGGCGUACGUGAACAGAGCUAAUAUCAUAUCUCCCGCCGGGAUCUACGCGUCUGGGUCCGCUGCGAACAAUGGGAACGAAAUGAUCGUCGCUGAUCUUAAUAAGGAAGGAGCUGACCCCGCGUCUCCCCCGAUCAUGAGUCCAUCGCAGCUUCAGGACUCGCCUGCUGAAGACCUCAGUCUCUACGCAGUGAAACCUCUGGACCUGGAAUCGGCUUCCCGAGGAGUACAGGAGACCGUCUGUCACGGCCAACUCUGCUGUCAAUUCAAGAUUAAAACGAAACUCACAGGAGCAAAGCCCUCGCAGACUUACUCUCUGGCGGCGUUCCGGGGAGACCGUGCCUUCUCCCGGGGACAACGCGUCGGUGUCCAGAGCUGCGCCAUCUUCGCGUGUCCCGGUCCGGACGGAGACACUUGUGUCACUCAGAUCGAGCAGGGCGAACUGAACGUGAUCUUUGAGCAAAUCACCAUCAGUGGAAAUUUCUCGAAAAGCAACACAGCGCUGUACCCGAUGGUGGUGGCGGCUGAUACUGUUCCAUUGGAUAAUUUUAAAUUCGACACGAAAGUCGCGGACCAGAAGCUCGCCAGCAUCGAGCUUGCCGAAGCUCGUCUCUUCAGCGCUGGUAUCUUCGGCAGGGACUUCGAUAGAGAUGCGAACACUAAAUCAUCUGGCGAGAACAAUGCCUAUUCAAACUUCUACGAUUACAUCUUCAAUGAUGACGUACUCGGAAUAAUCGAUUACGUCUGGAUCAGGCUCAGGAUAUUGAUUUUCGUCGUCUCCAUUUACAUUUUGGAAAUGAUUUAAACAAAUAAUCCGAGUAAUUAUUGAAAAUGAAUAAUCGAUUUUUUCCGAAUUAAAAAUAACCAAAAAAAAAAUUAUCCACACUGAGUUUGUUGUUACUUUACAAGGAUGACAACAAAAGAGGAAUAAUCGGUUAUUUAUUUGAUUAUAUUAAAAAAAAAAUCAUAUCGAGGGGUAAUUUAGUUUAAGCAACAUUUAUCUUAGUAAUUAAAGGUCCGUUUUG